AUGCAAAAUCCAUGCAUAGAAGCCGAUUGGGACAUUCAAGAAGAACAUGAAGAAACGAUAUUUAACUCAGAAAAUGAAAUAGAUAAUCCUAUAGCGGACAUAUGUCAAGGAGAUUUGUAUGUCAUCGGCACACUAUGGAUUCAGGCACUUAGAGCUGUCCUAGUAGGUGGAGACUUACCCUUGGUACCAGUAGUCAAAGCUGCUGAUAAACCAGGGGAGUCAACACCACAGAAACCACCGCCAAUGAAGUAUGAAGACCUACCAAUAUACGAGAGCCCACACUAUGAAUAUAAAGACUACAUGGCAAGCAAAAAAGCAUGUCCCAAAGCAAAUGUAAAGAUCCUACAAACGUACUUGUACCCAAAAGUGAAAAGCUACAGGAAAAGUUGGGUAGACUCUUUAGAGGAGUUGAAGAAAGAUGUAGGGGAGAUGAAGGCUGAUGCAUGUGCAUGUUACUGUAAAAAAAAGAAAGAAAUAAAGACAUAUUUGAGGGCACCGGAGAAUUAUGCGAUAAGACAGGCUUUCGUUGUCGCUGGGGCUGCUACAGGAUACUACCUAGGUUCAGGCAGGGGGAUACCACGAAGGAUUUUCUACACAAGCUUAGGAGCCCUAGCAUCUGGUGCCGUAUGCUUCCCUAAAGAAACUGAUGAGUUGUUCAGAAAUAUGUCGUACAAUUUCGCGAAGAUGGCUAUAGCGUUUUAUAACAAGACAUGUGGGAAGAAUUAUAGUUUGAGGGAGAAGAUGCCUUGUCCUGACGAAGUGCCUCCUCCACCACCGGCCAGACCUCCUCACCAGGUGAACACGUGUCCAAAGGGCGGGGCCCCAGGGGCACAAGCUCCUCCGUAA